UCGCGGGAGAUGUGUUUCUUCUGCUCCUCGACCUUCUGGGAUGUGGCGGCACGUGUCGCGCGGUUCCCCCGCCGUUAGUCUCGAUCUCUGAUGUGUCAUCAUCCAAGUUUUCUUCUUCAGUCUCGGCUGCUGCUGAUGAUGAUGACACGGCUGGGCUAAUUGUUCUGGAACGUAUUUGAGAUGUUUCCUGAUUUAAAUGUUCGAUCACAAUGGGCCAUUGAGUAAAACUUGUUUCUAAAGAUGGAGACACUUAAGAAAGCACCGGACGAGCUGCACCCGUGCGAGACGAUGCACACCCUCAGCAGCAACGUGCCGCUCACCGGACGCCGCAAGUCCUCCCUCCGCCUCGAGCUGCUCGACCCGGAAGAGGACGAGGACCUUUUGAACGACGGCACCAGGAGCGCCAGACGACCUUCAACUUGCUCCCUGUCCAGGUACAGGUCGUGUCCGCAGCUUAUCCCGCCGCAGGAGGAGGUGUCCCCCAUGUGUGAGAUCAUCCUCGAUUGCGACAUCAACGUGAGGGUGUCGUCUGCCAACCACGACGCCUCAUCCUCCGUGGCCGGUCGCCGUCUGCUGCGGGACGAGAACGGCGAGCUGAGGUCCGGCACGCCCACUCCUCCCUCGACUCCCGGCAGCAAGCGCAGCCAGCCUUCUUCCUUCAGAGACACGAGUCGCGCGUCUCCGGGAUCAACCCCUCUCUUCUCCCGCCGCGGCGGCAGUGGCAGGAAAGACUACCCGUCCUUUCACAGGACGUCUUCAUCAGGGGAGAGCACCGGCCAGGACGGGCAGUCGUAUUCAGGAGUCUCGCUGCAGACGCCGCUAAGAGACGAGAAUAAUUUGCUCAAGUUCGAGGACUUCAAUGAAAGAAAUAUUAAGUGCUUUAGUAGACAGCCCCCGGUUAUUAACGACGCGGAUCGCUUCAGCGACCCCGGGGACGAUUAUUCACGGAUAAGCAACAACCAGCAUUACCAUCACCCGACGGAUGAGGAGAGUCAUGAUAAAUGCGAACGGUGGCUGCAGGGACUGAAGAUCACCAGGGCAGACCGGCUCAAAUCUAGGAGUCACAUUGAGCUCCCUCCUCUUUAAACUACUACUACUAAUAAUAAAGGAAACGCCCACAAAAUAAAUGUUUCAAGAGCGCCUCUAUUGGUAAAAAAAAAAAAAAAAAAAGUUGCCCGUCGAAAGCAAAAAUUUGUCUCGUCAUUUAUGGCUGCCAACAGUACGUGGAUGUUAAAACGUAUCAGUGUUUUAGAGACAUAGAUUUAACAGUGAUACUGGGCUCCUUUCGUUCUUAUAAAGUGUUCACCAGAACCCGCUGGCUGUAGAGUGGGUGUUGUUAUAAACAGUGUUAAAAAGAGUGCGACAGUGCUAUAUUGGGCUCCCACCCAGCGUAGAACGUGUCAACAAGCCUACUGUUACAAUAAGAAAGUAUGCCAGCGAAUCCACUGCAGUCGAAUUUUAUCGAUGGAUGAGGCUCUCUCUCUCCUAAUAUGGUUCGGGCACAUCUGACAUGGGCACAAGCUUUGACAUUGCCAUCCAGGUAAUGGGUCCUUCAAUACAUGGCUUAGGCAAGUCGUUAACUUGUUACGGUGUUGCAGUACUAUGUUAAUCGUGGAUAGUUGUAACCUGUUCAGUGCAAACGUGACGUCGAAAGCGCUUGCCAUAAAUAUUACUGCUUCUCUCCCUUUCACAAUGAGUUAUUGUUGUGUGUGUGGGGGGGGGGGGGGGGGGGGGUGAAACCAGAGGCAAGUUGUCCAGAAGGCUGAGUGCACGACGAGUAUUAUUCGAAUAGUGUUUGCGCCUACAGUUAAAUCAGAGUGAUGGGGAAGGAUAUGAUGGAAAACGAGUCAAAUCGUCCGCGAGCGAUCUACUCCUGGACACGAUACAAUUGGCGAGAGUUUCGUAACGCCACUAAGUGCUUGCUGUACAUUGCCAACACACGUCCAACGGUUGCUUGUGUACACUGUUUUGAAAGCAUUUCCGACUUGUCAGUGAUCGCCAUUUCUAACACAAUCUCUUUUGUCUGGUCAAGAGAACUUUCAUUCAUGUAGUUAAAAUUGUUUUUGUUUUGUUUUGUUAUAAAAAAAAAAAUAUGUUGAAUUUUAACAGAGCAAGUACGGUUACCUCAUCAUUAAACAUUAAUGUAUGAUUAUUAUUCACAUUAACAGAUACAGAUUCACCAUGAUUGGUAGAAAUGGGGAAAUACAUUUGAUUAAUUCAUUUUGCAUAUUUAUUAUACAUAAAUUAUUGAAAGGUUAA